AUGUAUUGGGUGGUUACAUGUUUCAUGAAGCUCUGUAUGUUGUGCAUGCUUCUGAUGAUCACCAUGGAUACAACCGAAGCUCAAAAACAGCUGAAAGUGGGGUUCUACAAAACCACAUGUCCGGCGGCUGAACAGAUAGUGCGAGACACGGUGAAUAAGUCAGUCACCGCCAACCCUGGAAUGGCUGCAGGAAUCCUUCGUCUCUACUUCCAUGACUGCUUUGUCAGGGGUUGUGACGCUUCACUUCUACUUAAGACAGUGCCCGGAAGUGAAACGGAGUCAGAGCAAGAUGCCGGAGCCAACGCCGGCACUCUGAGAGGAUUCGAGAUAAUAGAUCAGACUAAAGCACAGAUAGAAGCUGCAUGCCCUAACACUGUCUCAUGUGCUGACAUCUUGGCUUUCGCUGCUCGAGAUAGCACCACCAUUGUUGGUGGUUUCUCUUAUGCUAUUCCAUCAGGAAGACGGGAUGGAACAAUAUCGAACAUAGAUGAUGUAGAGCUUCCGUCACCUGACUCUGACCUAAACACCCUCAAGAACACGUUUGUGGCUAAAGGUUUGAGUGUUGGAGACAUGGUAGCACUUUCUGGAGCUCACUCAAUAGGAAGAGCAGGGUGUAAUUCUGUUACAUCCCGCUUACACUUCUUUAAUGGCGACCAGACUGAUCCCUCGUUGGAUCCAACAUAUGCAGCAGCCUUGAAAAAGAAAUGCCCAAAGAGUGGAAAAUCGGGGACUACGAAUCUUGAUCCAGUGAGCGCGAAUCGCCUGGAUAAUCAAUAUUACCUUAACGUGAAGCAGCACAAGGUUUUAUUCUCCUCGGAUCAAACUCUUCUUGAUAGUAAAUUGACAGCCACAUUGGUAACUAAAUACUCGAGUAACUUGACUGCUUGGAGAAACGACUUUGCUGCAGCAAUGAUACGUUUAGGUUCUCUUGACGUAUUGACAGGGAACAAUGGUGAAAUACGUAACAAGUGUGGGGUUAGAAACUAA